AUGCGAAUUAUUUUUCAUAAGAAUACUCAAGAACUUAUAGUAACCCAUAUGUGGUUCAACCACUGGCCAGAUGAAAAAACUCCAGACGACACAGGCGGUCUUUUAAACUUUCAUCACCAAAUGAAAUCAUUUGUGCAGAACUGGAGGGCUGUUUAUAAAAAAAAUCCAUGCAUCAUCGUUCAGUGCGAGACAGGCGUAGGUCCCACGGGAAUUUUCAUAGGUUUGGAUUACUUGAUUGAACAGUGCAAAGAAAAAAGAAUGGUCGAUGUGCUUGGAUGCUUGAAGCAUCUCAGAUCUCACAGGAAUUUCAUGAUUCAAACUAAGGUUUUUUUAUUGUCAAACAAUCAUUGA